GAGUAUUGCAGUAAGCCUAAGGUUACAUGAAACAAAAUAGGGACAUCUCGUAUUCGGCAUUUCCUCACCAUAAUUUGCGAGCGCCGGAAAUGACACCAGCGAUUGCACUGCGUAUAAGAAGGUCUCGUAUCCGCCCCGCUGGAAGCAUAACGUUAUGUUCUCUUGCGGCCACUACCCCUCUCAUUCAACCAUCAACGACAAGGUCAAUUUUACAUCCCACUUGCGAUAUACCAGCAUAACCUGCAGGCGAUACUAAUUCGAAUACAUUGAAUUCUGCGUAAUGCCGCCAAAGCGGGGAAAUCGGGACUUGGCUGUCCCUGACAUAACGGAGGAUGCGGCGGAGAGAAAGAGAGUGCUGAAUGUGCUAGCGCAGAGGAGAUAUCGAAAGCGAAAGAGAGAUCGCCUGCAGACCCUCCAGGCGCAGGUAGAGAAACAGGGUGACGGAGCUGUGGAGGCAACACAUCCCCAAAGGGCUCUGACAGAAUCUGAAUCCCCCGACCAGCUGCCUCUUCAAAAUGGCGUAGACAAGACGUAUUUCAACGAUUUCGAUUUGUCUCAGCCACUGCUUGGCCAGACUGUGGAAGACUCUGCGAUUCAAGAUUGUCUGGACGUCUCUCAUCUCGGUCUCCCGGCGCCUGAUAUGGCACCAUCACCGGGGUUCCUUUCACUCCUAUCGACGCAGGAUCCUUCACAGGUUUUUCCUAUACAGGGAGUUUUAAUGAAUGACGAUCCUUUUGCAUCCCAAGCUCCGCUGUCCCAUACUCCAAGUGGAUUCGACCCUGACGAUAACCAGCUCUUCAGCUGGCCCGACUCUAACCUCUACGAACCCGACAAUGCACACAACCUCUCAGACCAACUCCAGAUAUCUGAAUCAUCCAUCUUCACUUUCCCAGAUGAUCACACACUUGAGAUCCCAUCUCUUAAACUACUGAACGCUGCAAUGAAAGUCGCCGUCCGUCUCAACGUCGCCCACAUGCUCUGGGACCAUACCGCAGUUAGCCCUUUCUAUCAAAACCCAGCAGAGAAAGGCCAGCAGCAUCCAUCACCACCCUCUCUAACAUCCUCAUCCUCUUCUUUCACAUCUUCUCCCAGAUCAUCUGGACAACCGUCAUCAUCAUCAUCCUCAACAACACCAAACCCCAUUCCCCAAGACAACCUCCCACCACACCUCCGCCCAACCCGCACCCAGCUCCUCCUCCCACACCACCCCGUGCUCGACAUCCUCCCAUGGCCCAGCACGCGCGACAAACUGAUCCAAAUAUUCAAUCUCCCUCUGCCUCUGCGUCCCAAAUCCGCCCAGGACCCCUUCGGGAUGGUCCGGCUGGUCUAUGACAUGGAAGACGACAGCGGCGAGGGGAUCCGGAUUCACGGCGCAGAUGUGUUUGAGCUUGCGUCUUGGGAGAUCGGGCAGGUGGUGUUUGAGCGCUGGUGGUGGGCUUUUGAGGGUGGGUUGGUGGAGAAGUGUGAUCGCGCGAGGAAGGGGAGGGGCGAGGGGGGUUUGGUUAUGGGGGUUGGUGGGUAG